CCUGUAAAAGAGGGGGAGAGGAGUCAGAACCAGAGACUUCCAGAGCAGCACCAUGUCCCUGUACCGCAACUCCGCCUGGUUCCUGAAGGGCCUCACCGAGUUCACCAGGAAUGGCUUCCUGUCAGCUUCCAAGCGGUUUGUGGAGAAGGACCUGGAAGUGUCCGUGGCCGGACGCUCCUUCAUGAUAACUGGAGCUAACAGUGGCAUCGGGAGAGCCACCGCCAUGGCCAUCGCCAAGAAAGGAGGAACAAUCCACAUGGUGUGCAGGAACAAGGACAAGGCAGAGGAGGCGAGGGCCGAUAUUGUCAAGGAGACUGGAAAUAAAGAGAUCUACGUUCACAUCUUGGACCUGUGUGAGACAAAGAAGGUCUGGGAGUUUGCUGAGACCUUCAAGAGGAAGUACAAGACCCUCAAUGUGCUGAUCAAUAACGCCGGCUCCAUCAUGAGUCAGAGGGACGUGAACGCCGAAGGAAUUGAGAAGAGCUUUGCUCUAAAUGUUCUCGGAGUUUACAUCCUCACCAAGAAUCUCAUCCCUCUGCUGGAGAAGAGCACAGAUCCCAGAGUGAUCUUGGUGACCUCCGGGGGGAUGCUGGUGCAGAAACUGCGGAUAGGGAACCUGCAGUCUGACAGAGGCCGCUACGACGGCACCAUGGUCUACGCUCAGCACAAGAGGCAGCAGGUAGUGAUGACAGAGCAGCUGGCUAAAGCUCACACGAACGUCCACUUCUCCGUCAUGCAUCCCGGCUGGGUGGACACUCCAGCCGUGGCCAACGCCAUGCCAGACUUCCAUCGCUCCAUGAAGGACAGCUUGCGGACCCCGGAUCAGGGGGCUGACACCGUGGUGUGGCUCGCUAUCUCUGACGCCGCCGCCCCGGACCCGAGCGGCCGCUUCUACCAGGACCGGAGGAUGGUGCCGGCCCACCUGCCCCUGGCCUGGACCCACAGCUCUGAUCUGGAGGAGCAGAAGUUGAUGUCCUCGCUGGACGACCUGGCCAAGACGUUCCAGCCCCACUGAGCCGGCCGGGGCAGCGCAGCACUAACCGACCCGGUCCUACCGAUGGAGCUGUGCUCAAACCUGUCCCAUAACCUGUCCCAUGUGAGGGGGAGUUUAGAUCUGGCUCUGCUGGCUCACAAACACUUGAAACAGCAACAUCACAUGGGGCUCCAUGGUUGUAAUGAGACAGAUACCAAGAAGAAAUGCACUUAUAACUGAGGGAUUUGUAAUGCUUAAUAACCUUUCAUGUUACAGCAAUAUAAUGUAUUAUUUGUAAGCUCAGCUUUGAGUGGCUAGACGUGUUAUGAGGAAUGUUUGACAGUGAUGCUGCCUUUGAGACGCACCGCUCAUAGAGAACAUUCAUAACCCUCACACACAUGUGACUUUAUUCAAAUUGUCAAUCAGAUGGGAAUCUGAUGUGACCGAAGUCACAAUCGUUCACGCGCCAGCCAUGGGUUCAGUGUCAUGUCUGUGUUUCCAUGACUGACAAACGUGUCAAGUGGUGUUCACUUAACAGCCGUGUAGUGUAGUAACCGUGUCCUCUGUGUUGCCGUGUUGUCGUGUAGCUGCCGUAAAGGUGGAACCCAGACUGUAGAGUGACGUUCUCUCUGACCCGCGUGCCUCAAACACACAAAACAGCCACAUCACUCGACAUCGCCAAGGAAGUCUACAUGUUUCUGACUUGAUAUCUGCCCAGCACCUUUAAAAAGCCCUUUUGCUGACUGUAACUUUGGCUUGAGUUCAUUUUGUAAACACUUGAGUGAAUAAAGAAAACUACUGAUUGUU